AUGGACUGGAUCAAAUUGCGCACCUAUUCUGAGAAAAGGAAGGCCCGAAAGAGUGUACACUGUGCUUCUCCUGUGCCAGGCAUGGUAGUUCCUGCUAUUGUGAGCAGCAGGAGGAAUGCCCCUGGGCAGUGCUUAGACCUGCUUUCCAAGCAUAGAAGGCAGCCUUGUGCCAGAAGCCAUAUUGGAAAUGUCAGUGCAAAAACGUUACCAGCAAUUCAAGAAACCUCUACGGUGGACUGCUUUUCAGCUGAGCAAAGUGUUGAACCAAAUUAUAAUGAAAACAGAGGCAAGGAGGUGAAUGAAAAUAUCAUUGAAACGGGCAGUAAUACAUUACAGGAUUCUCUGCAUUUAAACUCUGGAAGCAGAGAGAGCUUGGAAAAUAGUGAGGCUAGUUCAGGGAUGACUCUACCAACAGGUGUUUCAUACUUUCUGCUGGAGUGCUUGGAUUCUCGUAUAGAUACUAAUAUAGAAUCUAGUGAUGGAACAAAUAGUUACUCAUCACCUGAAACAUUCAGGGAUGAAAACGAUUUAGAAGAAACCUGUACUAGUCUCAAAGGAUAUCUUGGAUGCAAGAACUCUACCCUCCUUGAUACCAGCAAAGCCAACAAUAUAGACAAGAUAACACCACUGCCAAAUUUUUCAAAGAUAUUCGAAAACACAUUGCAAGGUCAAGAUGAGCGCAUUCCAAGGUAA